CCACGAUAUAUGCGUUUGGGAAAUAUUCCAGGUUUUCCGGCGGUGUGUAAUAAGAAACGGGAUCUGGACAUUUGGUGGGAUCUUGUUGGCUGUUGCUUGAGCGUCGCUGUUGAGCGGCAGAAAUAGUAUCUGGUGUUUUCACUUUAUAUCGCUUUUUAUUGUUAUAGUACCUUUGUCCUCGAUUUUUUAUGUCCUACUGGAGGGUAGCUGGCCUACUGAAUGCUGCUGUUAGCUCGUCUAGCGAUAUUUCACUUUUGUAGAUGAAGAGGCCUUUUUAGUGACAACAGGGGUUCGUGUCAGGGGUUGCAUUGCCGAUGUCUGUCUGUUACAGCCUCCCCAUCUAAGCCUUUCUAUUCUCUUCUGUUUCAAUUAACUUGGACACGUCCCAAUACUGAUGUUCAUAAUUUUAGAGUCUUUUUCUUGAUCUAAUACAGUGUAUGAAGUGCGGGAAUGGCAAUUCAGAAUACUACAGGUUUUGAUGCCCUUCCAAAGAACUACGGAGCUCGAAGGCCCCAUCGGGAUGAGACUUCUAUACAGAAACACCACCCACCCGCAAUUAUCAAGCAACAAAAUGAAAAUCCAUCACGACUUCUAGAAUGGGAGCAUCUCCCUCCUUGGAAACAACGCGGUUGUGAGCACCUACGGACUGGAUAUCGACCGGAGUGCGCUUCGCUAUGGUCGUGCCUGGGUAGCUGGUUUUAUCUACACAAUGAGACAGUUAAUAUCUUCACUCACGUAGUCGGCGCGAUUAUUUUCCUAGCUUUACCCCUAUAUGUCUUUAGGACUGAGAUCCCGCCACGCUACAAAGUGGCGACUACGGCCGAUAUCCUAGUCUGCAGUAUAUACUUUCUGGGGGUCGGUGUCUGCUUUACGCUCUCGACUAUGUUUCACACUUUUGUGUGCCAUAGCGAAGCCGCGUGCUCCCUUGGCGUCAAGUUGGAUUAUCAAGGCAUCAUACUACUGAUAUGGGGAGCAAAUGUAGCUCUUAUUUAUUAUAGCAUGCCUUGCGACUUGGGAAGUAAGAUCGCCUAUUGGACCUUUAACACUAUCCUCGCUGGACUCUGUUCGUAUGCGACGUUCCACCCGUCGAUAGGUGGAGCGCAAACGGGACGUGCGCGUGCUGUACUCUUUGCUACGUUUGGGUUUUGCGCGGUCGUCGCUCCGAACUUAAUUGGGCUAUUGAAACACGGGUUCGAUGAACAGAACCGUCGGGUUGGGCUUAAUUGGAUAGCGGCUACGACAUUGUUCAACGGUACGGGUGUAGUAGUAUACGCCGCCAAGUUUCCGGAACGGUGGUACCCUCGAGUAUUCGACAUAUUCGGUGCGAGUCACCAGAUCAUGCAUGUUAUGACAGUGUUGGCAGCCCUUGCAUUUGCGAAGGCUAUGUUGCAAGCGUUUGAUUUUCACCAUCAAAACCCCCGAUUAUGUACGGGGGACGCAUCUCAUUUAUAUCUAACGUAGAUCUGCCAUGUUGCCAUGCAUGAUGCUUAUGAGGCCAACCUAAAGUCUAGCCUCUUGUUCCCGACGUCUUGGUGAUCGGCAAGGUAGACCAGCUUUUCCUCGGGAGUCAUAGCAUUCCAUCUGCGCUCCCUCACGCGGUUCCUCCAGAUAUAAUAUGCCUUUGCUAGAACAUAGAGCACCAAAUUUAGACACAAGAUACCGAUUAAUAUGCUAUUUCCUCUACUGUAUAGUGGUGCGUCGUCUUCUCGGUAGAUGUUUGAAGAAAUGAUUACUCCUGCUUGAAGGAACAUGUUGUAUAAGGCGACUCCCAAAGUCCUCGAUCGGACGGUGUUUGAGUUUCGGGAUACCCAUCCGACUUGCACUGGAUGAC